UAAUAGAAAAACCUGGCGUGUCAGAUAAAAUGUACUAUAAGCCAUGCGCCUGUAACCGCCCUGCCCCCCUCCCUAAUCUUGUAGAAGCCAUGCGCCUGUAACCGCCCUACCCCCCUUCCCUAAUCUUGUAGCUUCCCGUAACAGGGCCCCUUCCCGUAAUAGGGCCCCGCGGGUUUUUCUUGAUUGCGUCAGCACUGCAGUAGCGAAGACAAGCCCUUCCUCUUUCCCAUGCCUCAAUGAUAUAUAGUGAGCAGUUCAAAAAAUAAAGUUGCAGCUUGAUCAGCACUUGUCUUGCUGCCAUCCUUGUGUCUCCUGCCCCUCUCAUUUCUCCUUCUAGGUACUCGACCCCAGUUGCUGUCCCGCAGGUCGGGACAUCUGGCGCCCAACGUGGGGCUCGAGUGUGGCCCUUGGGGCUCGAAGUGCCUGUAAGAUUGGAGAAACGCCGCCUUCCAGGAGGAAAACUUGGAUCCAAGUGAUUGUGCGACCAGCUCGGAACUGCCCACCCGAGAUCAUCAGCAUCGGUCGACGCUGAGGAGCGAAGACGGCGCAAGGAAUAAAAAGACCCGGCUGGACUCUACUGGGACUCAUUACAGGACUCCUUGUUAUUGUCGGUAUUGUUGCCAUUGUUGCUAUUUGUGUAUCUUAUCUUCUCUCUAUUCGCUCUUCCCCUACCACAUUUCCUGAGGGCUCACUGAUUAACCCCUCUGAAGGGCCCUAACAAAAUGUCCCUCUUCCUUGCUCUCCUGAUAAUGGCAAUCUACACCAUCCAUUGGGCUCCACCAGUCUUUGCAGGGUUUGACAACCCUCAGGCCAUUCAAAAACUCCUUCAACAGCAUAACCCUUGUACCUGCUCGGGGGGCAUAACAGUAUUACUCCCACAAACAUCAACCUCCUAUGGAUCCCGAGUCCUCAAUCGUAAGCCUCAUUUUACACAUGACUGUGGAGAUAAAACUGCAUAUCGGGCUGCCACAGAUUCCAAAUGGCAGUGUACUCUCAAACCUAAACUAGACUCUUCCCGCCCUGAGGAUCAAUGCCCAUCAGAAUGCAAUAGUACUAUCCACUACUCUGUGCACUCCUCCUGUUAUACUCAGUAUCAAACCUGUAAUGAGGGGAGUAAACAUUUAUUGUUUGCCACUAUAACAGGAGAUCAUGGGGGAAUAUUUGGAGGAGACUUAUCGUCUUCACGCCUCAGCUCUCCUCCCUGCCCCCCUAAGGGACAAGUGGCCUGCUGGUACCCUGCAGCCCCUGUGGGAGUGUCUGAUGGUGGUGGCCCUCAGGACACACUUACCAGGUUAAAAACACAAAAGAUGCUCGAAACCGCAUUCGAAAGCCUUUAUCCUUCUCUCCAAUACCACCCUCUGGCUAACAUCCGAUCUCGAGGAAUGGAAGGCUUAGAUGCCAACACCGCUGAUAUCCUCACCGAGUCCCAUAAAUUACUUAAUAUCUCUAACCCCUCCCUUGCAAACAGCUGUUGGCUCUGUCUGCGCCAGGGACCCCCCCUUCCUCUUGCCGUAUUUUUACCGCUUAAUAGUACCUCUAUGUUUAAUGAUUCCUCUAACGCUCAGCCUACACAUCCCUUUCCUGUUCUUCCUUACCCAGCUGAAAACAUCACUUGCCUUUAUAAACCUCCCCUUAAUAAUUCCUUUAAUAUUGAUGUAGGCCUCGCUCCCUUUUGUACAGAUAAUGAAACAAUAGAUUUCCCUCUUUACACCCCCAAUUCCACCGUAUUUGUAUGCAAGGAUAAUUUAGCCUAUACUGUCCUACCAGCAAAUUGGAGCGGUAAUUGCGCACAUGCUACGCUUUUCCCCAAUAUUAAAAUCAUUUCGGGAGAUACCCCUGUUCCCAUCCCCUCCUUUGAUUAUAUUGCGGGGCGACCGAAACGAGCUGUUCAAUUUAUUCCUUUAAUAGCUACAUUGGGAAUCUCCUCAGCGAUGGUUACAGGUUCAACAGGACUAGGAAUUGCGGUCCACAAAUAUAGACAAUUGUCCCAACAGCUUAUUAAUGAUGUACAAACCCUAUCCACCACCAUUCAGGACCUUCAGGAUCAAAUUGACUCCCUAGCGGAAGUCGUUCUCCAAAACCGUAGAGGCUUAGACUUGCUUACUGCCGAACAGGGAGGUAUUUGUUUGGCUUUACAGGAAACAUGCUGCUUCUACGCCAACAAGUCCGGCAUUGUUCGUGAUAAAAUCAAAACACUUCAAGAAGACCUGGAACGUCGUCGACGUGCCCUGGCUGAAAACCCCUUCUGGACUGGAUGGAAUGGACUGCUUCCCUAUUUGUUGCCACUUCUAGGCCCCUUUGCUGGAAUACUUAUACUAUCUGUAGGUCCUUGUCUCUUCAAUAGACUCGUGGCCUUCAUCAAACAACAAGUAGACAAUUUGGCAGCCAGGCCAAUUCAAAUACAUUACCAGAGUCUAGCCAUGCAAGAUCCCAUGGAAACUUAUCAUCCCCUCUCCGGCCAAUAAAGUAUAGCCAAUAAGGUCACGGUCCUUUCAACAGCUAACCUUCCCCCGUUCAUUGCUGUCCAGUCGGGAGCCCAGAAAGGGCCCCAGGCCUAUCAAUAAAAUGAGCAGUAAGCCAAUGACGGGCACCUUCCCGUACCCACACCCGCCUAAGACAGGAGUCCUUGGGGACUGGCAAGGAUAUCCAGCGACGGGUAAGAGGUGUUAGGGUUUCGGGUCGAUUCCUAAGACAGGCACUGCUCGUUCGUCAAACUUGGCCUAAACCACAGCUAUCCUUCUUAAAUUGAUAAAGAAGGGGGAUAUGUCAGGGACCAUGCAGUAGGUGGCCUUACCUCUUGGUAAUAGAAAAACCUGGCGUGUCAGAUAAAAUGUACUAUAAGCCAUGCGCCUGUAACCGCCCUGCCCCCCUCCCUAAUCUUGUAGAAGCCAUGCGCCUGUAACCGCCCUACCCCCCUUCCCUAAUCUUGUAGCUUCCCGUAACAGGGCCCCUUCCCGUAAUAGGGCCCCGCGGGUUUUUCUUGAUUGCGUCAGCACUGCAGUAGCGAAGACAAGCCCUUCCUCUUUCCCAUGCCUCAAUGAUAUAUAGUGAGCAGUUCAAAAAAUAAAGUUGCAGCUUGAUCAGCACUUGUCUUGCUGCCAUCCU